AUGAGCGAGAACGGCGGCAAUUUGGGAAGCAUCGACCCAUCUUUCCAGAAGAUCAUCAAGACACAGAGCCCGGAGGGCCAAUUUGAGGACGAGGUUGCUGCGGCAGCCGCGGCUAUUGCGGUGAACAGUGGUCGGGGCGGGCCAGGCGGCGUGGCAGGCGGCUCCAACGGGGGUUCUUCGUCGUACAACGGGCAGUUUGCCGGUUCUGACGGCAAGGUGGACGCCAAUAGUGGCUUACCUGCUCCUCCGAACGCUGUUGCUCCAAACUCGCGCACGGGGACUCCAGACGCUGGUCCAGGGCUCCAGGGCAAGGACGGCUCGAUCUUCCACCACGGCAAGCCGCUCAACACCACAAAGCGCGCGGCUCAGAACAGAGCUGCACAGAAGGCCUUCAGACAGAGAAGAAAAGACCAUAUCGAGGAGCUGGAAAAAAAACUCACCGCGCACAGAGACUGCGAGAAGACCAUCGAGAGUCUGAACCAGGAGAUCUCGCGGCUCCGGGACUACAUCAUGCAGCUCCAGGGCAAGUUGAUCAGCACGGGCGACACCAGUGUGACCAACCCUCCGUUGGGACUGUUUGGCAACGGUGCCUCGUCAAGCACCUGA